AUGGUUCUGCCGGGUUUCCUCGACAUUCGAGCUUGGGGUUUCUUCCCUGGCGCCCCUCAAUGGACUUCCAAACAUAUACCUGACCAGACCGGCAAGGUUGCCAUUGUGACUGGCGCAAACGUAAGUGGCACUGAAUGAUUGCUAAUCUCAUGUGCCGGUCCUGUCACUCUCUGAUUCACUAUCGAUGGCUUCUCUCAGACCGGUAUUGGUCUCGAAACAGCAUACAGACUAGCCGAGAAGGGCGCAAAAGUCCAUCUCGCUUGCAGGAGCAAAGACAAGGCUGACAAGGCCAUCGAGUACAUCAAAACAAAAGUUUCGAACGCUCAGGUGCAGUGAGUGAGAGGAAGGUGUGCGCUCAACUCCCUCGGUGCGGCGCGACUGACACAGCCCUUGUUGGUCAACAUCUGCAGAUUCUUACAGCUAGACUUGUCUUCGCUGCGCUCCUCUCUCGACGCAGGCAGGCGAUUUGCCUCGACGGAGCCUAGGCUCGACCUCCUCAUCAACAAUGCAGGUGUCAUGAUGCCUCCUGAGGGAUCGUUGACGCAAGACGGAUACGACCUGCAGUGGGGCACCAAUAACUUGGGCCAUCAAGCCUUUACCCAAGCGCUUGUCCCACUGCUCAAGAAGACUGCAAAGAGCGCAUCGGCUGGGUCAGUGCGGAUAAUUUGGGUUGCCAGCUCUGGACACUGGAUCCUUGCACCAUGGAGCGGCGUCGACUUCGAAAGUUUGAAAGAGGGCAAACAUCGCAAGCGAGACACCAAUGCCCACUACGGUAUCAGCAAGUUGGGAAAUGUGCACCAAGCUGCUGUUCAAGCUAGGCAGCUGAAGAGUGACGGGAUCAUCACUGCCAGUCUGCAUCCAGGCAACAUCUUUUCCGACUUGCAACGGCAUCAACCUUGGAUCGUCAAGGCGAUCACAUCGAUCGCCUUGCACUCCACCGAGCGGGGCGCACUGACCUCUCUGUACACUGCUACGAGCCCAGACCUCACUUUGGCUGAGAGUGGCUCUUACUACGUCCCGUGGGCGCGCAAGUGGAACACAAGCCAUGCCAAGGCAGAUGAUCCUGCAGCUCAAGAAGCUACGUGGGAAUGGAACGAGAAGGAGAUUGCCGCUUUUGAGUCCAAGGCUCGCUGA